AUGAAUGAACUACUCUCUAGAUUAAAGCUAGACCUGAAGAACAAUAGUAUAAAUAAUAACAAUAUUAAUCACUAUAAGAAUAAUUUUGAUUUCAAAUUAUUCAACUCGGAAAGAAAACAUACAGAUUUGGACACGAAAGGAAAUACAACUAACUAUUCUACAACACAAUCCAUCUAUGAAUCUGAAAUUAUAGAGUUGAAAAACGAUGAACAGUUAGUUGUUGAUGGUUCUGGUUCUAAUGGUAGAUUAGGUAAAAUAGGAGCAGAUGGUAGACACCUACUGGUACUCAUCAAAUUACUAGAGGAUACUUUGAGAGUUUCUGUUUUUAUGUCUUCUCCUACCAAUGAAAAUGAUACUGUUGAAGAGGUUUAUGAAUUGGAAAAUUUCUCUUCCCGAAAACCUCAUAUUUUCAUCACUACAGAAGGUGGAACAGGAGGUAAUGGUUGUCCAACAAGUCAACUUUUUGGUGAUUCAUUUGAUAACAGCAGUAAUGAAUCAAUAAUGGGUAAAGAUGGUGGAGAUGGUGGAAAUGUAACUAUUGUAAUUGAGGAACAUAUCAAGUAUUUAUUGGAUGAACAAUAUUUAAAAAUUUGUUGUGAAGGUGGGAAUGGAGGAGAUCCCUACAUAGAAAGUAGUUUUGGUGAUUUUGAUGUUAAUUCAAUAGUGCUUCCACCAGAGGUUCCACUCUCUACUAUUACCAGUCAAUCAAGUGUUUUGACAUUUUCCAAAUUGAGUUUCUUUGAGACACCUUCACACACAGGUUUUAGUGGCUAUCAAACAAAAACCAAAAAUAAUUCUAUUUGGAAAGGUGUCAAUGGUAGAAAGGGAAGAAGUGGUGUUAUCAAGUAUAUUGUAGUUUCUAAACAAACUGGAGAUGUGAUAGAACAGGCCAAUACAACUUUCAGUUUGAGAGUGAUGUCAUUCAAUGUAAAGAUUGUAGCCAAUGCUAUCAAAGAAAAAAGUUUAGGUCAUAAUUUGAUAUUAGAGGAUGACAAUUUUGACUCUUCAGAGCUGGAUCUAGUAGAUCCAACUCACUUUAUUGAACCUGGAUGUGAAUUGGCAAUUACAGAUAUUGAAAUUAAGAAUACAGGAGGCUUAUCUGCACCUGAUUAUUGCUUUAUAGAAUUUGAGGGAAAUGAUUUUGCUGAUGUACUUGGAUUUUCUAAUUCUUUAAAGUUAAAUCAAUCAUCAGAAUCCAAUAACCAAUUAACACUACCAACUCUAAGCGGAGGAGAAAGUGUUAAAUUACCUCUCCCUCUCAGAUUACUGGUUGGAAAGCAAGUUAAACAGCCACAACAAAUUACUUCUCAAUCAUGUUGCCUGAGUUAUUCUAUUAGAAAGAAAGACGGCUUAACAUUAUCUCAAGGCCAAUUAUGUGACAUGCCUAUUUAUUAUCCAUUAUCUCUUUCUUCGUUUGACUGUCCAUCUGCACUGGGUAUUUCCAAUAAUUCUCAAAAAUUUACCAUUUCAAUAGAAAACAAGACUGAACAUACCCUUAUUGGUUCCAGUAUCAAGGUUUACAUUACUAACAAAGAUGUUGAUACAGAAAGAAUAUUCACAGAUAAUGUGUUUUUAAUACAAGAAACUGGAAACAAAUUUGAUAGGCAUAAUUCUCAAAUGGACCCAGAGCUUUCUAUAAUUGAGUCUAUUUCCUCCAUACCUCAAGAUAUGAAGGUUAUUGAAAAGGACUUGGCAUUUACUCUAGAGAAAAAACUAACAGAAAGAGUGACAACACUUAAUUUUGCAUUACAGAUAUUGAAUCAUAAGAAAAUUGAUGAAGAAACUCUUGGCUUUAGAAAAUUCCAUUUGAUAAUAGAGUUAGAAUAUAAAGGAAAUACCAUAGAAAGGAAAGUUCAAACAAUAGUAUUAAUACCAGACAAAUCCAUUUCAAGUAACUAUCAUAACACUAAUCUAGGAAAAGCAUUACUAGUUACGGAUAGUAAUCAUCUAACCUCUAAAGCAUACCUGUAUUACAAAAGAUUACUCAGAUCUAUAGGUUUUGCUUUAUAUGUUUGGGAUUCCAGAUAUCAUGGCGAUGAUAAGAAUAAUAGGGACAUUUUCCCAUAUUUUAAAGAUUCACUAAUUUUAGUUACUCUCUUUACCACAUCAUCAGAUACUCCGAAAUACGAAAGAAUAGUUUCACAUUUUAACAAUUCUACUGUAACUCCGAAUGAAAGCGGUUUGCUAUAUGUUACUGGCUAUCCCUACUCUCUGGAUUCAUCUGACUACAGAAAUCAACUAUUUGAGCAUAAUGCUCAAAACUAUUCAAAGAAUUUUCAUAUUAUUGAUUCCAAGUAUUUAAGUAUUUUCUAUCCAAUAGAAAAACCUUCCAAGACCCUCUUUCUAGAUAAGGUUAAUAAUUAUCUAGAAAAAAAGAGAGACCAAUCACCAUAUUUAUUGAUGAAAAUUCACAAAAAGGAAUUUUUCGAAAAUCUCAAAUAUAGAAUGCCAAGAAGAAUUAAAAUUGGAGACGCUUCGAUCAAUAUUCUACCAAUCAAAUCUAAUGAUAGAAUAUUUUGCGUAAAGUUUACUACCUCUAAAAUAGCAAGUAAUAAUAUUCCAGAAUUUUCUCCUGAUAUUUUAACAAGUUAUCACAAGUUUAGUUUCAACAGCAAAACUUUUGCCUUACUUUUUGGUACCAUUAUGUCAAGCUCAAUGCAACAAAAGGUCAAUCUUUUAUUGAAUAGAUUCACUGAAAAAGAAUGGCAAUUUUGUGAUAACAAAAGCUUGAAGAGUGAAAGCUCUAGUUCCAGUAUUACUAUCAGAGAUAUUUCCUUAUUUUCAAUUUAUUUUGAAAUAAUUCAAGAGCUUUUUCUGAAGGAAAAUUUGUUGUACAGAUUUAAAUUACUGGUUAAAUGUAUCUCUGAUUGCUUUACUAAUACUCCAUCCAUUGCAGAAUCAGACAAGGAACAACUUCUACAAUACGUGAAAAUUUUAUUGGACAAAUUAAGGUAUGAAUCUUCCAAAAUACCAACACAAGAUAAGGCUAUUUCUUUAAAAAAGAAAGAAUUUCUAAAGUAUUACACUCAACUUAGAAAAGUUUUAGUAGAAAAGUGUCGAUUAGUGAUCAAUAACAACAAGAAGAAAUCCGCUUCAUCAAAGAGAAUGUAUAAGAUGCUUGGAGGAGAGACUCUUCAGGUGAAAAAGAAACAAUUUGAUGAUAAUUGUAGAUAUUUAUUACAAUUUAUACUGAAGCCAUCAAGUGAAUGGUAUGAUGAUAGUUCCCUAUUUAGAUUUCAAAAAAACAAAUGGUCUUUUGAGAGAAUGUUAUUAGAUUCCGAAGAACGUGAAUCUCAAACACUCCCACUUCUAUUCUAA